UAAUCAUUCAUUCAAAAACACUUGAAGUAAAAUUCCUAGCUAGCUCUUUCAAUUAAUAAUUUCCAAAUAACAAUCAUGGGUAGCUCAAUGCUUGCAAAGGUUACAUGCAUGGCUAUGAUAUGUUUUGUUAUGGGAAGUAGUAUUAUGAAGGCCAAUGGUGAAAUACCAUGUGGUCAAGUGCAACUAUAUGUAGCAUCAUGCGUUGGUUAUCUAAGGAGCCCAGGUCCAUCUGUACCAGAACCAUGCUGCAAUGGGAUUAGAACUGUCAAUAGUCAAUCAAAAACAACUGCUGAUCGUCAAAGUGUAUGUAAUUGUCUCAAAUCAACUGCACUGAGCUUCCCUGGACUCAAUCCUCAAGCACUUGCUGCUCUUCCUGCUAAUUGUGGUGUUAACUUGCCAUACAAAAUUUCCACCUCCAUUGACUGCAACACGAUAAAGUACUGAGCAGCUUGAAUGAGGCCAUAAGCUUGAUGGAUAAGUAAUAAGUGAUACUUGGUUUGUGGUAAUAACCAUAACUAAGAGAGAAUAAUAAGCUUCAUGAAUAAGCUUGACACAACUGUGUACUGAUUAUAUUUCAAAUGAUUGUUGGUUGUAUUUGUUUAAAUUGCAAUUAAAUCAAAUCAAUUCAGCUUGUAUGAAAUGAAUUCAAGAUAUACUACAAAUGAGAACAUAUUGAAUCUAUAUAAGUUAAAAGCUAUGAUGCAAAAUCAGGGUGUUGUUUGAA